AUGUUCAAAGAGAGCAUCGUAACGUUUUGGCUAGCCAAUUUGAUUACUGUUUACGGGUUUGUAUUGCCCUACCGACAGAUUACGCGGCCCUUCGAUGACAACAGUAAAAUUGUUGAUUACGGUAAGUAUAAAUUACAUUAUUUUAUUUAUAUUUUAAUUUUUUAAAUAUGUUAAUUUUAAAACUUUAAAUAUUUUUUAAGCUUAAUUAGCUUUUUAAUUUUUACACUUACAAAGUAAGUACCACCAGUUUGUAUAUGCAUUGAUAGUACUUAAAAGUAAAUGGUACAAAUAGAUAGUUAUUGCUCAGUAUUUAUUACCAAAAUUUUUCUUUUUUAGUCAUUUUAUACUAGUCUUAAAAUACAAACCAUAGUCUUCUGCGUUUACCUAGUUCAGCACACUUACAUUACCUUACAUUUACUUCCUUUUGCUUCUUGGAAUAAAUUACUGUUAUUCUCACAUAUAGUUAUGUAAACAAUACACGUAAAAAAGCACGUACUCAUUAACAUUUUAGAAGUUUUAUUUUUAAAAAAUUAAGUGGUUCAUAAUGCUUAUAGAUCUGUAUAUUGACUCACUUUUUAGAUAUUACUUUUUAAACUUUAAUUUCAAACGUCAUUGAUAAAGAGAGCUAUAGUUAUGAGUAGUGUAGGGUGGUAAAAUGUUUUUGAAUUAAAGUGUUUAACGAUGAAGGUAAAAGUCAACAGAGCCAUUUUUGUAUCAAAAAUUUAGUUUACAUUAGUUCUAAAAAGGUCUUACUAGAAUUAGAUAAACGAAAACGUAGACCCGAGGGCCGGAGUCUAACCCAAGGCCAUAAAGUUGGGCUCGGACUCUGCAUAAGUCUGGCCUACAUUAUUUUCAUUUUUUUUUAAAAUCAACAGAAAGAAUCAAGUCUAUAUUAAUGUUUUUCAGAACAAAUAUAGAGGCAUUUUUUUCUUUCUCAUUCUAUCUAAAAAGUCUUUUAUAAUAGUUACGUAAACCUAAAAUCGUCAUGUCAUACUUUUUACUGUCUGAAGUAAACCUUUCUCAUACGUAUGUUUAUAUUAGAAAGUGUUCGAAUACCACAUUACUGUUACUAUCAGCUGUUAGACUUAAUAUUCCCGUUCAGUACUUUACAUGUACAUAGGUUAUGUAGGUAUUAAGUAUGCUCAACAGAUGGUUGUUAACUUGUUUUAAAGGUUUCGAACAUAUCAUAAUAUUAACAUUGAGAAAUACUUUAUAUAAACUUAUAGUUUGUGCUUUUUUGACGUACAAUAGGUACUAUAACAUAGUGUAACAACUAGUAUCAUAUGCAGCACUGCAGCAUGCUUAGUAUAAAGGAUAGUAUACUGUAUCUCUACAGUAUAAUUAAAACGGCAAUAAAAUUACAUGUAGUAGUAGAAAUUGACACUUAAAAUGACAUAUCUUUUUAACAACGCUAUUUCUUUCAGACCCAAUGCCUAGCGACUCGAUCAGUUACCAAAAAAUGUUACAGUACCCCUUCAUUCCCCCAAUGCCAGUAAAACGCAGCUCAAAGGUUGAGAAAGCUCGAGAACGUACGAAUGUGGAAGGUCACAUGAUCAAACAACCACUACUCAAGUUUGACAUGGUGUGGAGACGCUUCUCUGGCCACAAAAGAUUCAGCAACUUGUAG